AUGACAUUCUUCGAUCCUCAACCAAUGCGUCAGCGCAACUUGUCUAUACCGUCUUGCGCACUGUGUUCCGACAAACACUGGUCAGACUCAUGCAACGAACAAACCUUUAUCAGCAACAAACUUGCUAAACAACUCAAACUACAAACCACCGCAUCUUCACAAUUAGCAAUAAAUGGAUUCGCGCGUCAGCUACCAACAUAUCUCUCCAUCCAAGAUGUCGAUAUCAACGUCACAUCAUCUACUGGUUACAACAAAACACUUCGCGUCAAAACCGCCGAUUUCCUUACCACACCAUUGAACUAUAUCAACCUCACCGAUCAGUACGACAUAUGCAAUGUAUCAGAAUUAUCGAUUCAAAGAGAACAACCGCACAUACUCAUCGGUAUUGACUGCUACCAUGAACUAGUACAACCAUCACAAACUCGAUUACCUACGGGAUUCUACUUAAUUGACGCAAUCUUCGGACCGAUAAUGGGCGGAAAAGGUACCGUAAGACGACAUCACUCAACACAUCAUAUGAACUCGAUAACCUGUCCGGUUCUCAACACAUGUGACGUUGACGAAUAUUGGUCGCUCGACUCAAUUGGCAUUCAUGAAAUUACUACUUAA